CGCACAUUCCACGGUUGCCAUAGCCGUAACCACAACCUGCCAGCCGUUUAAAGCCAAACUAAAAAACGAACCGAAACUGCCUUCACAAAGUACCUAAACCAAACGUAAAUAGCUGCCAAAAGAAACCAAAACCGCCGUUCCCCGGAAAAGAGAUGAUGGGAUCGCCGGGAUCCCAAGCGUCCGCGAUCGCGACCUCGGUCGGAAUCAGAAGCGGGCGGAGGGGUCAAGCGGGUGUGUCGCUGCUCCUGCGCCUCCUUGCCGUGACCUUCGUCCUCGCCGCCUGCCACGCACCGCUGACCAAUGCCAAGCAAAUCUCAAAUCUUGACGAUGACCAAGAUUUUAUGCUGGCGGAUGAUGUGUCGCUGCAGGGCAUCAACGAUUCCGAGUGGCAGCCCACGGGUGAUGACAUUGACGACGGCCUUCUGGACGACGUCGAUGAGACACUGCAGCCCAUGGAGACCAAGUCCGAGGAGGAGGACUUGCCCACUGGCAACUGGUUCAGCCAGAGUGUCCACCGCGUUCGCCGUUCCAUAAACCGUCUAUUUGGUGCCGAUGACAAUCAGGAGCGGGAACGACGACGACAGCGUGAGCGGUCGCAAAGGACUCGCGAUGCGAUUAACCGGCAAAAAGAACUGCGCCGCAGACAAAAGGAGAACCAGAACCACUUGAAGCAAAUGCGAAUUGAGCGACAGCUGGAGAAGCAACGCCUGGCCAAACGGGCCAAUCAUGUUGUCUUCAACCGCGCCACCGAUCCUCGCAAGCGGGCAUCGGACCUUUACGACGAGAACGAGGCAUCCGGCUACCACGAGGAGGACACCACUCUCUAUCGUACCUACUUCGUCGUCAACGAACCUUAUACCAACGAAUACAGAGAUCGGGAAAGCGAACAGUUCCAGAACCUGCAAAAAUUCCUGGACAAUGAUCUGCGCAACUUCUUUCACAGCAACUACGAAGGUAACGAUGACGAGGAGCAGGAAAUUCGCAGCACCCUGGAGCGCGUUGAACCCACUAAUGACAACUUCAAAGUUCGCGUGCAACUCAGAAUAGAGCUGCCCAAUUCGGUCAACGACUUCGGCAGCAAGUUGCAGGAGCAACUGAAUGUCUAUAAUCGAAUCGAUCAAUUGGGCGCCGCCACCGAUGGCAUCUUUUCCUUCACUGAAUCUAAUGAUAUCGAGGAUGAGCCAAUCGAUGUUGCAUUGACCACGGAAGAGGUUGAGGGCUCUGGUAGCGAUGACUCCAGCUGUCGUGGAGACGCCACCUACACCUGUAUGCGGAGCGGAAAAAUCAUUUGCGAUGAAAUGCGAUGCGAUAGAGAGAUCCAAUGUCCCGAUGGCGAGGACGAAGAGUUCUGCACCUAUCCAAAUGUUUGCACUGAAGAUCAGUUCAAGUGCGACGAUAAGUGCCUGGAGCUCAGAAGACGUUGCGACGGAACAAUCGAUUGUCUGGAUCAGACCGACGAGGCUGGCUGCAUUAAUGAGCAGCCUGUACCGGAGCCUGAACCUGAACCAGAGCCUGAACCUGAACCAGAGCCCGAACCCGAACCUGAACCAGAACCAGAACCUGAACCCCAAGUCCCGGAAGCCAAUGAGUGCCAGGCCAACGAGUUUAGAUGCAAUAAUGGCGACUGCAUCGAUGCCAGAAAGCGAUGCAACAACGUUUCGGAUUGUAGCGAAGGCGAGGACGAGAACGAGGAGUGCCUCGAAGACGAAGAGGAGGAUAGGGUGGGCAUACCCAUUGGCCACCAGCCGCGGAGGCCAGCGUCCAAGCACGACGAUUGGCUGCACGAAAUGGACGCCAGCGAGUACCAGGUGUACCAGCCGAGUAAUGUCUAUGAGAAGGCCAAUUCUCAAAAUCCAUGUGCAAGCAACCAAUUCCGCUGCACCACCUCGAAUGUUUGCAUCCCGCUGCACUUGCGGUGCGAUGGCUUCUAUCACUGCAAUGAUAUGAGCGACGAGAAGUCCUGCGAGCAGUAUCAACGUCACACCACGACUCGACGCCCCUUGACCGCGGCCACGCCCCCCUCCAGAUUCACCACCCAGGGCCCAGGUCUUCUGGAGCGUCGCAAUACCACCAGAGCCACCGAAGCAUCGCGAUGGCCAUGGGCAACGAAAACGACAACAAUCGCGACCACGACUUCUAACCCAAUAACAACAGUUGGCGUAGCGAACAGCUCACCCCAGACAUGCCUCGAAAACAUCGAAUUCGCGUGCCACAAUCGCGAUUGCAUUUCGAUUGAGAGCGUCUGCGAUGGCAUCCCCGACUGCGGACGCAAUGAAGACGAGGACGACGCUCUGUGCAAGUGCAGCGGCGACAAGUACAAAUGCCAGCGCGGCGGAGGCUGCAUUCCGAAAUCCCAGGUGUGCGAUGGCAAACCUCAAUGCCACGACCGCAGCGAUGAGAGUGCAUGUCACCUCCAGGGAAGGUUGAAUAAGACUCGUUUGGGGGUCAAGUGCCUGGAGAGCCAGUAUCAAUGUGGCGAUGGAAGCUGCAUCUCCGGCUACAAGCGCUGCAAUGGCAUCCACGAUUGCGCCGAUGCAUCCGACGAGUACAACUGCAUCUAUGACUACGAAGACACCUACGACACCGACCCGAACAACAAUCCAUUGAAUGAAUGUGAUAUCCUUGAGUUUGAAUGUGACUACAGUCGGUGUUUGCCGCUAGAGAAGAAAUGCGAUGGCUACGCAGACUGCGAAGACAUGAGCGACGAGCUCGAAUGUCAGUCGUACACAGACCAUUGUCUAGAGUCUGAGUUCGAAUGCGACAGCUACUGCCUGCCCCGCGAUCAGUUGUGCAACGGAAAUCCCAAUUGCCUAGAUGGCAGCGACGAGCGCAACUGCACCUUCUGCCGGGAAGACGCCUACCUUUGCAACACCGGCGAGUGCGUGGCCGAUAAUCAGAGAUGCAACGGCAUCGCCGAUUGCGCCGACGGCAGCGACGAGCGUCACUGCGCAAGGAUAUAUUGUCCACCUAACAAGCUAGCCUGCAAUGGCACUUGCGUCAGUCGGAGAAUAAGGUGUGAUGGCAUCCGCGAUUGCCUCGAUGGCUAUGACGAGAUGUACUGUCCGGAGACCAACAACCACUAUCCCACACAAAAUGUGAAUGUUAUUCGACCAAAACUGGGCCCCAAUCCUAUACCGAAAUCCUGCCGCCCCCAUGAAUGGCAGUGUGCGAAUCUCGAGUGCAUAGAUCACAGUUUGCAGUGCAAUGGCUUUAAGGAUUGCUCCGAUGGAUCCGAUGAGGAGCUCAGCGUUUGCUUUGGCACCGCCACCACCCGACUCAAGCCCAGCGACUGCAGUCCGGACCAGUUCUUCUGCGAUGAGUCGUGCUACAAUCGCUCCGUUCGAUGCAAUGGGCACGUGGAAUGCACGGAUGGCAGUGAUGAGGUGGGCUGUUCACUGCCAUGUCCGCAGCACCAGUGUCCCAGUGGCCGGUGUUAUACGGAAAGUGAACGAUGCGACCGGCACAGACACUGCGAGGACGGCUCCGAUGAGGCCAACUGCUGUUACGCAAACCAAUUCCGCUGCGACAAUGGUGACUGCGUUUCCGGAUCCGCUCCCUGCAACGGAUAUUCCGAGUGCAGUGACCACUCCGAUGAGAUCCACUGUGGCGAAACCCCGAAGUGUAUGCCCAACCAAUUCCGCUGCAACAGUGGCCAGUGCGUGAGCUCCUCAGUGCGAUGCAACGGACGAACCGAUUGCCGUGAUAGCUCCGACGAGCAAAAUUGCGGUCAUCGUCAUACAGAGGUCAGUCAGGGCCUGGGAACCACUGGAGUUUUCACCACCUCCACGACCAGCACCACUGCCAUGACGCCACUGAGAAUCAUCUGCCCGCCAACCUCAUUCAAAUGCGAAAACGGUCCCUGCAUUUCGCUGGGUCUCAAAUGCAAUGGACGCGUUGAUUGUCCAUAUGAUGGUAGCGAUGAGGCGGAUUGUGGUCAAAUCAGCAACGAUAUCGAUCCCGCCGACAACAGUAAUGACCGCAAAUCAAACCAACUGAAUCUCAAGACCUAUCCCGACAGCCAGAUCAUCAAGGAGAGUCGCGAGGUCAUCUUCCGUUGCCGAGAUGAGGGACCCGCCCGCGCCAAGGUCAAGUGGUCCCGCCCAGGCGGACGGCCUCUGCCACCUGGUUUCACCGAUCGGAACGGCCGCCUGGAGAUUCCCAACAUCAGGGUCGAGGAUGCCGGUACUUAUGUUUGCGAGGCUGUGGGCUAUGCCAACUAUAUUCCCGGCCAGCAGGUCACCGUCAACCUCAACGUCGAGCGCUAUAACGACAUUGGAUCUCGUCCGGAAUCAGCCUGCACGGAAUAUCAGGCCACCUGCAUGAACGGCGAAUGUAUUGACAAGUCGUCCAUCUGUGACGGAAAUCCGGACUGUUCGGACGCCUCCGAUGAGCAAAGCUGCAGUUUAGGUCUCAAGUGCCAGCCCAACCAGUUCCUGUGCUCGAACUCCAAGUGCGUGGACCGCACCUGGCGAUGCGAUGGCGAGAAUGACUGCGGAGAUAAUUCGGAUGAGACCUCCUGCGAUCCGGAGCCAAGUGGCGCUCCCUGCCGCUAUAAUGAAUUCCAGUGUCGCAGUGGUCAUUGUAUACCCAAGAGCUUCCAGUGCGACAAUGUUCCUGAUUGCACGGACGGUUCCGAUGAAGUUGGAUGCAUGGCACCAUUGCCAAUCCGCCCUCCACCCCAAUCUGUUUCCCUGUUGGAGUACGAGGUGCUCGAGCUUACGUGUGUGGCCACCGGAACCCCCAUUCCCACAAUCGUGUGGCGUCUGAACUGGGGUCAUGUGCCCGAUAAGUGCGAGUCAAAGAGCUACGGUGGAACCGGAACACUUCGUUGUCCGGACAUGAGGCCGCAGGACAGUGGAGCUUACUCGUGCGAAAUUAUUAACACACGCGGCACCCACUUUGUGAACCCGGACACCAUUGUUACCGUUAGUCCCGUGCGUACAGAUGUGUGCGAAGCUGGAUUCUUCAAUAUGUUAGCCCGCAAAGCGGAGGAGUGCGUCCAGUGCUUCUGCUUCGGAGUAGCUAAGGCCUGCGACAGUGCCAACUUAUUUACGUAUGCCAUCCACCCGCCGAUCCUUUCACACCGCGUUGUCAGUGUUGAGCUGAGUCCACUUCGACAGAUUGUGAUCAAUGAGGCUGCUCCUGGCCAGGACCUGCUCACACUGCUCCAUGGCGUUCAGUUCAGGGCCACCAAUGUUCACUUCAGCGGUCGGGAGACGCCUUAUUUGGCCUUGCCCGCGGAGUACAUGGGCAACCAGCUAAAGUCUUAUGGCGGAAAUCUACGCUACGAGGUUAACUACCGAGGCAGCGGAAGACCCGUCAACGGUCCAGAUGUAAUAAUCACUGGCAAUCGCUUUACACUUACUUAUCGAGUUCGCACUCAGCCGGGUCAAAACAACAGAGUGAGCAUUCCAUUCGUGCCAGGAGGAUGGCAAAAGCCCGAUGGUCGCAAGGCGUCGCGUGAGGAGAUCAUGAUGAUUCUGGCCAAUGUGGACAAUAUCCUGAUCCGACUCGGAUACCUGGAUAGCACCGCUCGCGAAGUGGAUCUUAUAAAUAUUGCCUUGGACUCGGCAGGCUCUGCCGAUAAGGGACUGGGUAGUGCGUCUCUCGUGGAGAAGUGCUCGUGCCCACCUGGUUAUGUUGGUGAUUCGUGUGAGUCCUGUGCCUCCGGUUAUGUGAGACAGCCCGGUGGACCUUGGUUGGGUCACUGUGUGCCGUUCAUCCCUGAACCCUGCCCAUCCGGAACCUAUGGAGAUCCCCGCCGUGGUGUGCCCUGCAAGGAGUGUCCUUGUCCACUAACCGGCAGCAAUAACUUUGCCAGCGGCUGUCAACAAAGUCCUGAUGGCGACGUGGUUUGCCGAUGUAAUGAGGGCUACACAGGCAGGCGGUGCGAACAGUGCGCCGCCGGCUACCAGGGCAAUCCUUUGGCUCCGGGCGGAAUUUGCCGCAGAAUACCCGAUACUUCAUGCAACGUGGAUGGUACGUACUCCGUUCAUUCCAAUGGAACCUGCCAAUGCAAGGACAGCGUAAUUGGCGAACAGUGCGACACUUGCAAAUCAAAGAGUUUCCACCUCAAUUCGUUCACCUAUACCGGUUGCAUCGAGUGCUUCUGCAGCGGAGUGGGCUUGGACUGCGAUAGCAGCACGUGGUAUCGCGAUCAAGUAACGAGCACGUUCGGAAGAUCACGCGUCGAUCACGGAUUUGCUUUGGUUACUAACUAUAUGCAACCUACGCCAGACACCGUACCUGUCUCAAUGGCCGGAGAACCCAAUGCGUUAAGCUUUAUAGGAUCGGCUGAGCAAUCUGGAAAUACGCUCUACUGGAGUCUGCCAGCCGCCUUUUUGGGAAACAAACUCUCUUCAUAUGGAGGCAAGCUGACUUACACCCUAAGUUACAGUCCGCUGCCCAACGGCAUUAUGUCCCGGAACAGUGCCCCAGAUGUGGUGAUCAAGAGUGGCGAGGAUCUAAGGCUCAUCCAUUAUAGGAAAUCCCAGGUUGUCCCCAGUGUGGCCAACACCUAUUCCGUGGAAAUCAAGGAAAGUGCCUGGCAGCGCGGCGACGAAGUGGUGGCCAACCGUGAGCACGUUCUUAUGGCACUUAGCGAUAUUACGGCCAUCUACAUAAAGGCCACAUACACCACUAGCACCAAGGAGGCCUCAUUGCGACAGGUGACUUUGGACGUUGCCACUCCCACGAACCUUGGCACUCCCCGUGCCGUCGAAGUUGAACAGUGCCGCUGUCCAGAAGGCUAUUUGGGUCUUUCUUGUGAGCAGUGCGCUCCUGGCUAUGCCCGCGAUCCGGAGGGCGGAAUCUAUCUGGGACUCUGCAGGCCUUGUGAGUGCAAUGGACAUUCCAAAUAUUGCAACAGCGAUACCGGCGACUGCGAAGAAUGUGCUAACAACACUGAAGGACCUAGCUGUGAGCGAUGCGUCGCUGGAUAUGUGGGUGAUGCCACCCGUGGAACAAUUUACGACUGCCAACCCGAUGAAGACUACCCGAUCCCGAUUAAUCCGGAACCCGGCAACCAGACUUUGCAAUGCACAGCCUAUUGCCAAAUAGAGGGCAUCUAUGAUUGCCGCGGCAACGACUGCCUGUGCAAGAGGAACGUAAUUGGUGAUCGAUGCGACCAAUGCCGCCCUGGAACCUAUGGACUGUCAGCUCUAAAUCAGGAUGGCUGCAAAGAGUGCUACUGCUCUGGGUUGGCCAGCCAGUGUCGUUCGGCAGCUCUCUACCGCCAGCUAAUACCGGUGGACUUUAUUCUUAACGCACCAUUAAUUACAGACGAAAACGGAGUUGUCCAGGACACGGAGAACUUAAUUCCCGACAUAUCUAGGAAUAUGUACACCUACGCGUACACCUCCUAUCUGCCCAAGUACUGGAGUCUUAGGGGAAGUGUGCUGGGCAACCAGCUAUACUCGUACGGUGGCCGCCUGGCGUACAGUCUAAUAGUGGAGUCAUAUGGCAACUAUGAGCGUGGCCACGACGUCGUGCUUAUUGGCAAUGGAUUGAAGCUCAUCUGGUCGCGACCCGAGGGAAAUGAGAAUCAGGAGGAAUACAAUGUCCAACUGCACGAGGACGAGCAAUGGACCCGCCAGGAUCGCGAAUCGGCACGACCGGCUUCUCGGUCUGAUUUCAUGACUGUGCUGUCGGAUCUGCAGCACAUCCUGAUCCGAGCCACACCCAAAGUGCCCACACAACGUACUUCGAUCGGCAAUGUCAUUCUGGAGAGUGCGGUGACCACAAGGACGCCAGGAGCAACGCAUGCUUCCGACAUUGAGUUGUGCCAGUGCCCAUCCGGAUACACGGGCACCUCCUGUGAAUCCUGCGCACCUCUCCACUACCGCGAUGCCAGCGGAGCUUGCAGCAUGUGUCCUUGCGACGCUUCCAACACGGAGUCGUGUGACUUGGUCAGUGGCGGAUACGUUGAAUGUCGUUGCAAGCCACGUUGGAAGGGCGAUCGGUGUCGCGAGAUCGACACAUCGCCCAUUAUCGAAGAACCGCCCCAGAUAUGUGAUUUAAGCAGGGGAUUCUGUUGCAGCGGCUUUCAGUUCGAUAUCGCACCGAAUGAGACAAUCUCGUUCAAUGACACACUGCAGAUAUAUAAGGGCAACAGAAUCAUAGGAAAUAUGACCAAGCUGCGCUACGGCUGUCCAUCGCGAGACACCAGCGAUCCAACGGAUAACAGUACCGACGAUCCCGUGCUCACCCAGAUUAUCGUGUCGAUUCAAAAGCCUGAGAUCACCAUUGUGCCAGUGGGCGGUUCCAUGACCCUCAGCUGUAGCGGUCGAAUGCGUUGGAGCAAUAGUCCAGUCAUUGUCAACUGGUACAAGGAGAACAGCCGCCUGCCAGAGAAUAUUGAAGUCCAAGGCGGAAAUCUGUAUCUGUACGACCUGCAGAUCAGCGAUUCUGGAGUCUACAUCUGCCAGGCCGUCAACAAUGAAACCGCCAGCGUGUUUAAGGACACUGUAUCCAUUACCAUAACCAAGAAGGACCAGCUCUCACCGGCUGAGAUUGUGAAUUUACCGAGCCACGUUACAUUUGAGGAAUACGUGAGCAAUGAGAUCAUCUGCGAAGUACUUGGCAACCCAGCACCCAGAGUCACCUGGGCGCGAGUGGAUGGCCAUGCGGAUGCCCAAAGUACCCGGACAUACGACAACCGAUUGAUCUUCGACUCGCCAAGGAAAUCGGACGAAGGUCGCUAUCGCUGCCAGGCGGAAAAUGAACAGAACCGCGAUGAGAAGUACGUGAUCGUCUAUGUCCAGAGCAAUCCGCCCCAGCCGCCGCCGCAACAGGAUCGCUUGUACAUCACACCGGAGGAGAUUAAUGGCCUGGCCGGCGAGUCCUUCCAGUUGAACUGCCAAUUCACAAGUGUUGCCUCUCUGCGCUACGAUUGGUCGCACAAUGGCCGCUCCUUGUCCUCUUCGCCCGCGCGAAAUGUUCAGAUCCGAGACAACACCCUGGAAGUUCGCGAAGCCAGCGAAAGCGACUCCGGCAUCUACACCUGUGUGGCAUAUGACGUCCGCACCCGCCGCAACUUCACCGAGAGCGCCCGUGUUAACAUCGACCGACGCGAGGAACAUCCAUUUGGCAACAAACCGGUCAUCGAGAGCUUGCAGCAGAAUAUCCUGAUCAUCCAGGGCGAGGACUAUAGCAUCACCUGCGAGGCGAGUGGAUCGCCAUAUCCAUCGAUCAAGUGGGCCAAGGUGCACGACUUCAUGCCCGAAAAUGUGCACAUCAGUGGCAACGUGCUGACCAUCUAUGGAGCACGAUUCGAGAAUCGUGGUGUCUACUCCUGCGUUGCCGAAAAUGACCACGGAUCCGAUUUGUCCAGCACAAGUAUCGACAUUGAACCCCGGGAGCGGCCGAGUGUAAAGAUUGUAUCGGCGCCCCUGCAAACAUUUUCGGUUGGCGCUCAGGCAUCCCUCUACUGCAGGGUAGAGGGAAUUCCCGAUCCGACCAUCGAAUGGGUUCGUGUGGACGGCCAACCGCUGUCGCCGCGUCACAAGAGCCAGUCACCCGGCUACAUGCUGAUCGACGAUAUCCAGCUCGAGGACAGCGGCAACUACGAGUGUCGCGCAAAGAACAUAGUUGGCGAGGCGACCGGCGUGGCCACCAUUACCGUCCAGGAGCCAACUCUCGUCCAGAUAUUGCCCGACAACAGGGAUAUUAGGCUCACGGAGGGCGAUGAACUCUCACUGACCUGCGUGGGCAGCGGCGUCCCAAGCCCGGAAGUCGAAUGGGUUAAUGAAAUGGACUUGAAACGGGAUCUCUACAGCCCCCCGAGCAAUGAAGCGAUCCUGAAGAUCUAUCGAGUGACCAAGGCGGAUGCAGGCAUAUACACCUGCCAUGGCAAAAAUGAGGCGGGUAGCGAUGAAGCUUACGUUCGCGUGGAGGUCAAGGAACGGCGCGGAGAUAUCGGAGGAGUUGAUGAUGAUUCCGACCGGGAUCCCAUAAUCCAAAAUCCGGCACAACCACAACACCCUGGCAUCCAACAGCCGGGCAGCAACCAACUCCUGGCCACCGACUUUGGCAACAAUGUGACCCUGACCUGCGACGUGUUCCAAGCCCUGAACACGCGCUGGGAACGCGUCGACGGAGCACCACUGCCCCGAAAUGCCUACACGAUUAGAAACAGGCUGGAGAUUGUGCGCGUGGAACAGCAAAAUCUGGGCCAGUACCGGUGCAAUGCAAUCGGUCGCGAUGGCAACGUUAAGGCCUAUUACGUUAAAGAGCUGGUCCUUCUGCCCCUGCCCCGAAUCAGGUUCUACCCGAAUAUCCCGCUGACCGUGGAUGUGGGUCAGAACUUGGAUGUGCACUGUCAAGUGGAAAACGUGAAUCCGGAGGACGUCCAUUGGAGUACCGACAACAAUCGACCACUGCCCAGUUCGGUUCGCAUUGUGGGCAGCGUCCUGCGCUUCGUGUCCAUCACACAGGCGGCUGCCGGUGAAUACCGCUGCUCGGCCUUCAACCAAUAUGGAAACCGAUCGCAGAUCGCAAGAGUGGCGGUGAAGAAGCCCGCCGACUUCCAUCAGGUUCCUCAGUCCCAGUUGCAACGGCACCGCGAGGGUGAAAACAUCCAACUGCAAUGCAGUGUGACCGAUCAAUAUGGCGUAAAGGCUCAAGGCAAUGUUGAGUUCAACUGGUUCCGCGAGGACAGAAGGCCCCUGCCGAACAACGCCCGUACGGAUAGCCAGGUCCUGGUGCUGACCAAUUUGCGACCCGAGGAUGCGGGUCGCUACAUCUGCAACUCGUACGACGUGGACCGUGGGCAGCAACUGCCCGAAGUGUCCAUCGACUUGCAAGUACUAACGGCAUCAGUGGCUACCCCGCCCAACAGCCCCAUCUACCUGCCGCCGCAGUUGCCAGCAAAGAGCCGCGACUACAGCCUCAAACUGGACGAGCAGUCCUCGAACCUGCGAGCGGGUGAAUCCACCGACGUCGAGUGCUACUCCUCCGAUGACACCUACACAGACGUGGUGUGGGAACGCUCUGACGGGGCUCCACUCAGCAAUAAUGUCAGGCAAGUGGGAAAUCAUCUGGUGAUCAGUAAUGUGGCGCCAAGCGAUGCCGGUAACUACGUGUGCAAGUGCAAGACGGACGAAGGGGAUCUUUACACCACCAGCUACAAACUGGAGGUCGAGGAUCAGCCUCAUGAACUCAAGAGUUCCAAGAUAGUUUACGCCAAGGUGGGCGCCAAUGCCGACUUGCACUGCGGGGCCGAUGAAAGUCGACAGCCCACCUACCGCUGGUCUCGCCAAUACGGGCAACUUCAAGCGGGACGCAGUCUAAUGAACGAGAAACUGUCCCUGGACAGUGUGCAGGCAAACGAUGCCGGUACGUAUAUUUGCACCGCUCAAUACGCCGACGGUGAGACUGCGGACUUCCCCAAUAUCCUGGUUGUGACUGGGGCCAUUCCCCAGUUCCGGCAGGAACCUCGCAGCUACAUGAGCUUCCCCACGCUGCCAAACUCUUCGUUUAAGUUCAACUUCGAGCUGACCUUCCGACCGGAAAACGGCGACGGUCUCCUACUGUUCAACGGACAAACCCGCGGUAGUGGCGACUACAUCGCACUUUCGCUCAAGGAUCGCUAUGCGGAAUUCCGCUUUGAUUUUGGUGGUAAGCCAAUGCUGGUGCGAGCUGAGGAACCACUGGCGCUGAAUGAGUGGCACACGGUUCGUGUGAGUCGCUUCAAGAGGGAUGGAUACAUCCAGGUGGACGAACAACACCCGGUGGCCUUCCCCACCCUGCAGCAGAUACCCCAACUGGAUCUGAUCGAAGAUCUGUAUAUCGGCGGAGUACCCAACUGGGAGCUCCUGCCCGCCGAUGCUGUUAGCCAGCAAGUUGGCUUCGUGGGCUGCAUCAGUCGCUUAACCCUGCAAGGACGCACCGUGGAACUGAUCCGUGAGGCGAAGUACAAAGAGGGCAUCACGGACUGCCGGCCAUGUGCGCAGGGACCUUGCCAAAAUAAGGGAGUUUGCUUGGAGAGCCAGACCGAGCAGGCCUACACCUGCAUUUGCCAGCCGGGUUGGACUGGAAGGGAUUGUGCCAUUGAGGGCACCCAGUGUACGCCCGGAGUCUGUGGCGCCGGACGCUGCGAGAAUACGGAAAACGACAUGGAGUGCCUGUGCCCACUAAACCGAUCCGGAGAUCGAUGCCAAUAUAAUGAGAUCUUAAAUGAGCACAGUCUCAACUUUAAGAGCAACAGCUUUGCGGCCUAUGGAACUCCUAAAGUCACCAAGGUCAACAUAACGCUCUCCGUACGUCCGGCAAGUUUGGCGGACUCCGUGAUUUUGUAUACUGCAGAAUCGACUCUGCCCAGCGGCGAUUACCUGGCCCUGGUACUGCGUGGUGGUCACGCGGAGCUCUUAAUAAAUACGGCGGCUCGAUUGGAUCCCGUGGUAGUGCGAUCUGCUGAGCCACUGCCCCUGAACCGCUGGACAAGAAUUGAGAUCAGACGUCGCCUGGGCGAAGGAAUCCUACGGGUGGGCGACGGACCAGAGCGAAAGGCCAAGGCCCCAGGCUCGGAUCGAAUUUUGUCCCUUAAAACGCACCUCUAUGUGGGCGGCUACGAUCGCUCCACGGUCAAGGUCAAUCGGGACGUGAACAUCACUAAGGGCUUCGAUGGCUGCAUCUCCAGGCUAUACAACUUCCAAAAACCUGUCAAUCUCCUAGCGGACAUCAAGGAUGCGGCAAAUAUUCAGAGUUGUGGGGAGACUAAUAUGAUCGGAGGCGACGAGGAUAGCGACAAUGAGCCCCCAGUUCCGCCUCCAACUCCAGAUGUUCACGAGAACGAACUUCAACCAUAUGCGAUGGCACCGUGCGCCAGCGAUCCAUGUGAAAACGGAGGAAGCUGCAGUGAGCAGGAGGACGUGGCCGUAUGCUCCUGUCCUUUCGGAUUCAGUGGCAAGCACUGUCAGGAGCACCUCCAACUGGGCUUCAAUGCCUCGUUCCGAGGCGAUGGGUACGUUGAGCUGAAUCGAAGCCACUUCCAACCUGCUUUGGAGCAAUCCUACACUUCUAUGGGCAUCGUCUUCACCACCAACAAGCCGAACGGUCUGCUGUUCUGGUGGGGCCAAGAGGCCGGAGAGGAGUACACCGGACAGGACUUCAUAGCUGCCGCAGUGGUGGAUGGCUAUGUGGAGUACUCCAUGAGGCUCGAUGGCGAGGAGGCGGUGAUCCGGAACAGCGAUAUCCGCGUAGACAAUGGGGAGCGGCACAUUGUGAUCGCUAAGCGGGACGAAAACACCGCCAUUCUAGAGGUCGAUCGCAUGCUGCAUUCGGGCGAAACCCGACCCACCAGCAAAAAGUCGAUGAAGCUGCCGGGCAAUGUUUUUGUCGGUGGCGCUCCUGACCUCGAGGUGUUUACGGGUUUCCGAUACAAGCACAAUUUGAACGGCUGCAUUGUGGUCGUCGAGGGCGAAACUGUGGGCCAAAUUAAUCUUAGUUCUGCUGCCGUUAACGGAGUGAAUGCCAACGUCUGUCCCGCUAACGACGAUCCACUGGGAGGAACCGAACCGCCAGUCGUCUGAGGACACAACCAACAACCGAAACUAGCUUUUUAAUUAAACAUUAACAAAUGAAACAAAACGAACAACAAUUUUUAUAUAUACAACAUAUGCAUAAGCCCAAGGAAAUCCACAAAAAUUGAAUAUUAUAUCACUUACACAUAAUAUAAAACACAAAAACAAAAGAGAAACGAUCACUUCAACUACAAUUGCUUCUUCGAUCCUUAAGUCUAAGUUAAAGAUUGUAGCAAGGAAAAACGCGAAAGUAUCACAAACAUUUAUUUAACAAAAACGCCAUGCAAGAAGUGAAACGAAACAGAUACAAUAAUGCAACUAAUGCAAAUAAUACAGAAAAUACCGUUAAAGCCUAGAACCCUAAGAACUUACUAACUAACUCGAGCAACAACAACGCAUACUAGCCAACUGCAACCACAAAAUCCACAAUAGUGAAGGCAUUUUAAUUAUAAUUUUAGUCUCUAGCUUAUACCUAUGACUACGACUCUUUUUUUGCCAGCCCAGUGUAAAAAAGUUGGAGAUCGCAAAUUGGCCCUACACACACACAAGACCACGUUAUUAAUUAAAAAGAAAAAACCAAUUGAUAAUAUACCUACAUAUAAUGAUAAAUGAAUUACUAAGAAUGCAACUAUUGUGAACGAGCGAUUAAAAAGUGGAGUGGAUAAAAGCAAAUGCAGAAGAUAUAUUAAAAUGAAAUCAACAACA